CUCACAGUUACUGAAUCCUGGCUGGAUGGCUUUUGUUUUUUAGCUGUAUCUGGACCUUCCUCUGAACGAAGGCAACAGGAAAAGCAGGGAUUGCAAGUAAUGGACUUUGACCAUGCAUGAAGUCCUGUAGAGUCACGAUGACCUCACUAAAGGAGGAGCUCUGGGACACUCUGGAGGAUUUGAAGGAAGAGGAAUUCAAGCAGCUGAAAUGGCUCCUCCAGCAGGAAGACAUCAUGCACACAGUCAUCCCACAUGUCAAGGCCAUCCCUGUGACUCGGCUCGAGAGGGCAGACAGGCAGGACACCGUUGUUCAGAUGGUGCAGAGCUACGGCGCUUGCGAAGCUCUGGAGGUGACCAGGAAAGUUUUGAUGAAGAUCAACAGAAAUGAUCUGGUGGAGAGAUUACUAAACAUCCCCUCCACACCAAACACAGAAGAUGUUGGUGAUGUGGCGACCACUUCAGAAAACAGAGAGACUGAAGAUCUGAUGGUGCCAGUAGAGAAGCCCCCACGGCCAAUCACCUCAUACCAACAAAUGCUCCAAUCUAACCUUGAGAACCGGUUUAUUUGCAUACAAGAAGGACUGUCAGGUACGCAGGAUAAAAAACGUCUGGAAGAUAUCUAUACAGAGCUCUACAUCACAGACGGAGGCAACAUGCAACUCAACAGGCAACAUGAGGUCAGAAAGAUUGAGAUGGCAUCAAGAAGACCAGCAGAAACGGAGGUAUCAAUCAAACACAGUGAUAUCUUCAAACAUCCUUCCGGAAAAUACAUACCUAUAAAGACUGUGCUGACCAAUGGAAUUGCAGGAAUAGGGAAGACGCUUCUUGUGCAGAAGUUCAUCCUUGACUGGGCUGAAGGAAAAGCCAAUCAAGACGUGCAUCUCAUAUUCCCCUUCAACUUCCGCCAGCUCAAUUUACUGCAGGGAAAAAGGUUUCAUCUCGCCAAACUCAUUCACGAAUGUAUCGAGGAAACCAAAGACAUCACAGAGGACGCUUUGAUUUACAUUUUCACAGCACUGCAGAAGUCAGGAAACACCAACUAUGACAAGAGUAGAUUUAAACUUCUGUUUGUGCUGGAUGGGUUUGAUGAGAACCGUCUUCACCUAGACUUCAGAGCCAAAGAAAAAGACAACAUUGAUGUGACAAAGUCAGCUGGGGUAGAGGGACUGCUGAUGAACCUCAUUAAAGGGACUCUGCUUCCCUCUGCUCGUCUCUGGAUAACCACAAGACCUGCAGCAGCCAAUCAAAUCUCUCUGGUGCGUGUUGACAUGGUGACAGAGGUCAGAGGGUUCACUGACCCGCAGAAGGAGGAGUACUUCACUAAGAGAUUCAGAGAUGAGGAGCAGGCCAGCAGAAUCAUCUCCCACAUCAAGUCGUCACGAAGCCUCCACAUCAUGUGUCACAUCCCAGUCUUCUGCUGGAUCACUGCUACAGUUCUGGAGGAUGUGUUGAGAACCAGUGAAAGAGGAGAGCUGCCCAAGACCCUGACUGAGAUGUACACAGAGUUCCUUAUGUUCCAGAUCAGACAGACAACAGAGAAGUACGGCACAAAGAAGAGCCUUCAGUACAUCCAGUCGCUUGCAAAACUGGCAUUUUACCAGCUGAAGAAAGGAAACCUGAUCUUCUACGAGAAAGACCUUAAAGAGAGUGGAAUUCAUCUCCAUGAAGCAUCUAUUUACUCCGGGGUGUUCACACAGAUCUUUAAAAAGGAGCACUGGAGAAGGAAGGACAAGAACAAGGGAAGAAUGUUCAGCUUUGUCCAUCUGAGCAUUCAGGAGUUUCUGGCUGCUUUUUAUGUGGAGCUCUCACGCAUUAACAGCAACAAGAACGUGAUGGCUGAAUCCCAAAUGACUUUCAAAUGUCUGUGCAUAGUUUUCAGCGAAACAUCGGCAACAGAAAUCCACAGGAUUGCUAUUGACGAGGCCUUACAGAGUCCAGAUGGGCACCUGGACUUGUUUCUCCGUUUCCUGUUGGGUCUUUCAUCGCAGACCAAUCAAGAUCUCCUGGCAGACCUACUGAAACAGAAAAGAGUCAGCUCAAACAGCAAUCAGGAAACAAUCCAGUACAUCAAGGAGAAGUUUAAGGAGAAUCUCUCUCCAGAGAGAAGCAUCAACCUGUUUCACUGUCUGAGCGAGCUGAAUGAUCAUUCUCUAGUGGAAGAGAUCCAACGGUACCUGAGCUCAGGUAUACUGUACACACAAAAACUGACUCCUGGUCAGUUGUCGGCUCUGGUGUUCAUCUUAAUGUCAUCAGAAAAACAUCACGAUGUGUUCGACUUAAAGAAAUACUGUAUCUCAGAGAGGGGCUUCCUGAAACUGCUGCCAGUGUUUCAAACCUCCGUCACGUACCUGCUGAGUGGCUGUGGACUUUCGAACCCUUCAUGCUUUAAUGCUCUGGCCUCAGUGCUAAUCUCCAAACCAUCUCAUCUGAGAGAGCUGGAUCUGAGCAGCAACUGCCCUGAAGAUGGCGGAGUGACUCUGCUCUCUGAUGGACUGAAGAACCCCAAUUGUAGGCUGGAAUUGCUCAGGUUGAGUGAGUGUCAGCUGUCAGAGAAAAGCUGUGACACUUUGGCCUCAGUUCUCAGCUCCAAGACCUCUUGUCUGCGAGAGCUGGACCUGAGUAACAACAACCUGCAGGACUCUGGAGUGAAGCUCCUCUCUGCUGGACUUGGGAGUCUUCACUGUACAUUGAAAUGUCUCAGGUUGAAUUUGUGCAACCUGUCAUGGAUGAGCUGUGAAGCGCUGGCCUCAGUUCUUCGCUCUCAGUUGUCUUGUUUGAAACAACUGGAAAUGAGCAACAACGACCUGCGGGAUUCAGGAGUAGAGGUGCUCUCUGGUGGACUGGAGAGUCCACAAUGUAGACUGGAAAUCCUCAGGCUGUCAGGCUGUCUGGUCACAGAGGUAGGCUGUGUUUCUCUGGCCUCAGCUCUGAGCUCAAACCCCUCCCAUCUGAAAGAGCUGGACCUGAGCUACAAUCAUCCAGGAGACUCAGGAGUCAAGCUGCUUUCUUCUGGACUAGAGGAUCCAAACUGGAGACUGGACACUCUCAGGUUGGAACCUAGUGGUGUGCGCUGGUUGAAAUCUGGUCUGAAGAAGUAUGCCUGUGAACUCACCCUGGACCGGAACACGGCGCACAGACACCUCAUUCUGUCUGAUGACAACAGAAAAGUGACACGGGGGAGGGAGGAGCAGCCAUAUCCAGAUCACCCCGAGAGAUUUGAGUGCCAGUUUCAGCUGCUGUGCCAGGAGAGUCUGACUGGUCGCUGUUACUGGGAAAUAGAGUGUCAUGGACAGCCUAACGUUGCAGUGACUUACAAAGGAAUCGGUAGGAGUGGAUUAACUGAUGACUGCUAUCUUGGACUGAAUGAAAAGUCCUGGAAUGUAGAGGUCUAUGAUGAUGGCUACAGUGCCUACCACAGAACAGGUACUGCACCAAUAUUCGUGCACCCCAUUGACAUCACCAAAAUAGCAGUGUAUCUGGACUGGCCUGCUGGCACUGUGUCCUUCUACAGAGUCUCCAACGAAAACGACCCCUAUGACAGAUUUACUCACCUGCACACCUUCUACUCCAGAUUCACUGAACCUGUCUACCCUGGGUUCUGGGUUGGGUUAGGGUGCUCUGUGACUCUGUGUCAGAUGGAGAGCUGAGAGCCUGUUUACGUUAACAUUCCAUUCCAUUAACUUUAGCUGCAUUUCGCCUUUUUAUUGUCUUGCAGAGAGUUACACGAGAAGACUGAUACAACUUUCAAGGUUUUUGUAGGAUAGGAUGGGGAAGGACACCCACCUUAAAAAUAAAGUAAAAUUAAAAAAAUACUUGGAUGAGUUUAGCAUGUGCAGGAUGUCUGUGUCUUUUUGACAAAGGAUAACCAGAAUUUCUAUUUGGAAAUCCUCGAGUGGAAUACGUUUCCCAAACCGCUGUACUCUUGUAUAAUCUCUAACUUGUAGAUACUAAAAAAAAAGUGCUGCUGGGAGCCCAGAGGAGGCUCUCAAUGGUUGAAAGGUUUUAAAAUGAUUAUGUUCAUAUACACCGAUCAGCCAAACCAUUAAAACCAGUGGUGGGUGAAGUGAGUAACAUUGAUUAUAUGGUUACAAUGCAAUGUUGUGCUGGGAGACCUUUGGUCACGGCAUUCAUGUGGAUGCCACUUGACACCCUCCUCCCACCCAAACACUGCUGUGGGCUAAGUAACCCCCCCUCACUGAACUGUCAUUGUAUAUGCAGCGAUGUGUUUACUGACAAUCAAGUCAGUUUUUAAUACAGUGCCGUCUGAGGGGUCAAAGGUCACAGCUGUUCACUGUUGGUUUUCAGCCUCGUCCCUUAAAUGCAGAGAAUUCUCUGGAUUCUCUGAACCUUUUCAUGAUAUUAUAGACUGUUGAUGUUGAAAUCACGAAAUUCUUUGCAAUUGACCUAUGGCUAAGCCACGGCCCCCUCUACUCACUCGGACAAGCUAUCAACAUUUAGUGACCGGCGCUAUGGCAGGUGUCACAGUACACGGCAUUUCACAGGAGGCAAUUGAUGAUUUUUG